AAUUAAGAAAAGCCACUGCAAUGAAAGAAGAACAGUUAUGGCUCGGGGUUGUGCGCAGGAUAUUAACCUUUGGAUUUGCCUGCUUGGUGUUGACUGGAGUGACUUGGGCUUUUGCCGACAGCAUUCCUUUAGUUACGGACGAGUUUCGUAUCUUGGCCUUCGGCAUUUAUGGAGCAUUUCUUAGCGUCCAUCUUGUGAUUCAGAGCUUAUUUGCCUUCUUGGAACACAGGAAGAUGAAACGAGAUGAUAACAUCUGCACUUACACCAAAAUGGUGGCCCUGACCAUAUCAGCCUUCCAGGAAGACCCGGUCUAUCUACGAGAAUGUCUGGAGUCCGUCAAAAACACUCACUAUCCACCGGACAAGCUGAAAGUCAUCAUGGUCAUUGACGGUAACAGCCCUGAAGACCAAUACAUGAUGGACAUGUUCAAAGAGGUGUUUGCCGGGGAGGAUAUAGGAACAAUCUGCUGGCAGAACAACUACCAUUCUUGGAAGCCAGAAAACGCUGCAAAGAGCCCGGAAACUGCCCAACAGGAUGAAAACGAUACCAUAGCCAGAAGCCAGCAGGAACAGUCCGAUGAUCUGCCAGAGACCACUAUCGACGCGGACUAUGAGAUCGAGGUUGAGGAUCCCGAGCUUGGCGAGGUUGAGCAUCUGAUCAAAUCCAAGCGAUGUGUCUGCAUUAUGCAGAAAUGGGGGGGAAAGAGAGAAGUCAUGUACACGGCUUUCAAAGCCCUCGGGGAGUCAGUGGAUUAUGUUCAGGUUUGUGACUCAGACACCAAGCUGGACCCACUGGCGACACUUGAGCUUGUUAAAGUCCUAGAAUCUAAUGACCGUUAUGGAGCAGUGGGAGGUGACGUGAGGAUCUUGAAUCUAGAAGAAUCCUACAUCAGCUUUAUGAGCAGCCUCAGAUACUGGAUUGCUUUUAAUGUGGAGAGAGCCUGCCAGUCCUACUUUGACUGUGUUUCCUGUAUCAGUGGACCACUUGGUCUUUAUCGAAAUGACCUUCUCCAAACUUUCCUUGAGUCGUGGUACAAUCAGAAGUUUUUGGGGACUCACUGCACUUUUGGAGAUGACCGCCACCUAACUAAUCGAAUGUUGAGCAUUGGUUACGCGACUAAGUACACCGCACGUUCCAAGUGCUUUUCGGAAACCCCUGCACAGUUCCUGCGCUGGUUGAACCAACAGACCCGCUGGACCAAGUCCUACUUCAGAGAGUGGCUCUACAACUCCUUGUGGUGGCACAAGCACCAUCUCUGGAUGACCUACGAGUCGGUCAUUGCAGGCAUUUUCCCGUUUUUCGUCACUGCCACUGUGGUGCGGCUAUUCUUCAGCUGCCAUCUGUGGGACAUAGUGUGGGUCCUGAUCUGCGUCCAGCUCAUUGCUACAGUCAAAGCCCUUUAUGCCUGCCUGCUCAGGGGCAACCCCAUUAUGAUAUUUAUGUCCCUUUAUGCCAUCUUGUACAUGGGUGGGCUCCUACCUUCAAAGUACUUUGCCCUAAUUACCAUGAACAAGAGCAGCUGGGGCACCUCAGGGAGGAAGAAGAUUGUGGGAAAUUACAUACCCCUCCUUCCGUUAUCUAUUUGGGGGGCUAUCCUCUUUACAGGGAUUCUUUACACAAUCGUUAUGAUGUCACUAUGCACUUCCUGUAGACUUAUCGAGGCAGAGAAACGGUACCUGAUCUACGGCUCAGCUUUCUACCUCGGCUAUUGGGCAUUGAUGUUCCUUCUCUACUGGUUGUGGGUCAAACGCACCUGUAGGAGGAGGACAGACGAUUAUGACCUUCAGGGAUAUACAUAAACAUAGAACAACGAUGCUAAAUUCUACAGACUGAGCAUCCUCAAGUCUGCACUGAUAGCCUGUGGGGCGAGAGUCCUGCGCGGAACCAAUUUUUGAGACCUGGACCCAACGGCCAGCAACCUGCAACCUGAUCUGCGACUCACUGACCGCCAUGAAACAGGAAGUGCUGUUGCUGACAUCAUCGGAAGUGGGCGGGGGUAGAAAAAAUGCUUAAAAAUGGUAAAAAGUGGUAAAAUAUAGGUAAUAAAAUACAAGGAAUAUGGAUAAGAUCCACAACCUGACCUGCAGACCCGCAUUUGAAAAUACUACAUGCAGGGUACCUUGCGGGUAACCCAAGGGUACCCAACCCAACAGCAGAACUUCCUACCAUACCGCCCAACAUUUGAAAAAUGGAAAGUGGGACAAAACUGUAUUUUGACCACGCCCAUUUUGUGACCACACCCCCUAGAUACCACUCCCAUUUUACUAAAUUUGGUUAUUUAAAGUUUGAACACAUAUCUGGGGGUUUUGGGGCCUUGUUUUAGUGAACUUGCCCUUAAGAUGCAAGUCUCAGUUCCCCCAAGAGACCUGUUUAGCUUAUUAGUUACAGUUGUAUCUCAGUGCAGGGGUUGAGUAUUCUGGGGUCUACUUAUCUAAUUAAGUUUGAGAAACUUUGUAUCAUUUUUGGCAUUCAGCGCAGGAGAUCAAAGGCAGUUUUCAAUAAGAAUCUGGGACUGCGGGUUGAGCUGUUAAAAUCGUGACAAUCGGGACAGUUGGGAGGAAUGCUCUACUUGGGACUGAUGCAAAAAGGCCCAGAUCCCAAUAUCCCUGGACCCCCUGUCACAAAAUUGGGGCUCUUUGAGAAUAAAUGUAACAACAGCCAAUAGGCCAGGUUAUAUUUUUACCAACAGUUAGUUAUUUAUUGUAUAUACUGUACAUUUGCAAUGUUCAUCCUAUGGCACUGACCAGCAGAAAUCCGAGGCAUUUCCAGCAACGGGUUCCCGUAUUGGAGCAUCUCAAUGAUGAAUGCUGCUAGAGAACGUCUUUUUUUUUUUACUACUGCACUUAGAUUGACACUGAUAAUGCUUCUCGUACUGAUUGGCUGACGUAAAUGGAUGAACUUGUAAAAGUGACAUAUACGGUGUUUGUGUUAUUUAUUCAGGACUCAUGGGUAAGUGUUCCGAGUUGCACACGAGCAAAGAAACAUGAGCGCGACUUUGU